GCGACGGCGGACUGAAGCCAGGGAAUUCUCACCUCGACGAAGAAAAGCGUUGUUCGUGAUUUUGCGUUCGUAAAUAUCGUUUGAGUUUCCUGUUAAAUGGAAAAACGAGUCUGGAUCUUCUUCAUCCAGGUUCCUUGUCUAGGAGAGACGUGCGCUUUCUUCAAAAACGCGAAGUUCCUCGGCGGGAGGUUCAAUACUACUUGCACUGCGGGUGCUCUUCGUCUUCACUUCGUUUAUGAUGUCAAGGUGAACAUCCCCCGGUUUGAUCAUCUGGAACGAAAAUGUCGUUUCCUGGAACGAGUGACCCAUCUGGGACGAGCGGGAUGCGCUUGCAUCGGCGGUCCCACGAGCCCAGACAGGCAGCGCUGAAGGCAUACGCGACGAUGAGUGCGGACCCGCUUAUCGGAAUCGGGCAAGGGCAAGCACGGCGAAGCAGAAGUGUAUACUUCUGCAUUUUCAUCUACUUCUUUAUCUUUUGCAGGUCGUGCAUCCGGGUGCAAUUCAACGUUUGUUCAAGGUGGAAUCGCUGGUCAUAGUAAUCCCUCUCCGAUCAUCAGGAUGCGGCGCAAUCGAACGCAGCGCACUUUCUCACCUGCGCACUGUGCGGAAGGCUUCGCAAGGUGGACGCAUUCACGCGACGGCUUUUCUCGGAGGAGUCCGGGCGUACAUUUAGCUGCAGCUUCCUUCGGGAAACGGAUUGCACCCAGCCCGGCGACGCAGAAACCGGGCCUAUGCGGGUGUUCGACGAGCAAAACACCGAGCUGGAACUCACGGGGGACGAAAUCCGGAUGCUCAGCCAAGGGCUCCUCGCGAAGGGGUCAUCAAGUCCGGCUGCCUCUUCCUCCGAGGAGGACGCGAAGCAUGUAAGUAGGUCAUCUCGAGCUGCUUCUUUCUGUGAUCGCAAAAUUUUGUUUUACUGUAGGUUCCAUGAUAUUGCUGCAUCGUGCUGAUUGAUUUCGGAGCGUAAUGUGGUGAUGAAGAUGAAGAAUCUGGAAAGAAAAAGAAAAAGUGGCGCUCGUGCCUGAAAGUUCUUCGCAACUUGCCUGCGUGUAGUUUUCGAAAGAAAUAGGGAAUAUGCUCCUACUUGUUCUAUCUGGUACGAUCGCGAUGCGAACAUUUUCAUGAACACUUCAGGGUGGCCGCCGCCAAGGCCGACGUCGGCGGAAAGAAGAAACCGCGGGAGCGGGCCGAAGCAAAGGCUCCGGACCCCCACCCGGCAAAAACCGCGCAAGUGGGCGGAAGCGGUCCGCGGCCACUCGGGACUUGGACGAUGAGGUAGAAGAGGGGGACGACCUGCCUUACGGUGCGCCGCGCGCGCCACCGCCCCUGACUAAGCGGCAGAUGGCCCUGCAGGCGAAGCGCGGUGAAGCGCUGGUGGUGCACGACCCUGCACCAGGCCGCGCGGCUGCUUCUACUCCCCAGGCCGCUACUUCUCUCGCUAGGCUCCCGCCCGCGCCGUCCAUGAACCCGCCAUCUGCUUCUACGGUUAGUAGCACCUCCACGAUGUUGGCAGGAGGUACAACAUUCGCAGGUGUCCGCCCGUCACCGACAGGUUUGGGGCCACCCGGAGGCAUGCAAGCGCAACUACUCGGGCUGCAGAUGGUGCAGCACCCGACUCCUGUCUUCACCCAGUCGGAUCGUAGUUCCUCAGCCUUAAUGCCUUCAGCACGACCGGCACCUGGCGUUGUGGCUCCGGCGUUCUCCAGCACUAGGCGGGAGGACGACGACGAAAAUAUUAACCUCGUGGAUGAAAAAAACAAAGCGCCGCCGGUGCAAACCGCGCCAGUGCGAAUGCUGAUGGACGAAGCGGAAUUUAUGCGGGACGCGAAGAAGCUCUACGACUUCAUCACCGUGUAUCCCACAGAAAAAAAGCAGGCAAGGCAUACUAUGCAGAAAUAAACACUAAGUAACACACAGAAAAUGGAAAUCCUGCAUGGGUGAAUCCAUAGCAUGCUGCUCAGGGUAUGCAAUGCAGAUUUUUCUGUGUAAGUAAAAGUAAUUCUAUUUGCCAUACACUCGAAAUAAUAUAUCGUGCCUGCUUUUCCUUUUUUCUUGGGGAUGCCGUGGCCGGGCCGGGAAAACCGCACCGGGGCGAGUCUGUAUUGGUUCGGUACACCAAAAAGGGAAACGGUCGGGUCGCCGUGCAGCAACUGCUCGAAGACGAUGAGAUGAAAGGAGAUCAACAUUGAAGCGCUUCAAUUGUACUGUGCGGAGGACGAGCAGCCAUCAUUCAAGGUCAACUACCAACACCUGAUUUGGGACUGGAAAUUGCAAAAAAGGAGGAAACGCUUCCGCGAAGUGGAGGAUGCAGGCAGAGCGCUAAUAUGUUUCGUCAGGAAGAUCCGGGAAGCUUUCUUGUAUGAGAAGUAGAUGGUACACCAGCGAAGAAGUACGUACUCUCAUCUUAGCAUCAUCGUUCUUCGGCGUCGGCGUUUCCAGGAGGCGAAAAGAUGUAUGAGAAUGGUGCAGUUUCUUCUCGCGCUCGUUUGACCGAACAACUCGUUGAGAAGAAGACUGGUGUUGAGUCCUAACUCCAAUAUUCACCUCGCGGCGAGUGUGAAGUAGUGUCUUUCACUGUAUGAUGUUUCGAGCACUAUGAUGCGGACUGCUUUAUCAAUUUUGCAGCGUUGCUGGCUAGUUGGAUGAGGAGUAGAAGUUUCUUCAACAAUGUUUGUAGUCUGCUCAAGGAAGAACUGCGCCGUCAGACAGGGAUGCACGGUGCCG